AUGGAGGUGACGAUGGACCCCUUGUUUCUAGCAUGGAGCUAUUUCAGGAGGCGGAAACUUCAACAAUGUGCAGAUAUUUGCACGAAGAUAUUGCAAGACAAUCCUUACGACCAGGACUCGUCCUUGCUUAUCUCAGAGGCUGCAUGGAGUUUGAAAACCCGUGCCCUUACAGAAAUGGUGUACAUCGAUGAGGUUGAAGUUGACGAGGAGGGGAUUGCUGAGAUGAUGCUGGAUGAAAGCUCUAUUGCACAAGUUGCAAGACCUGGAACAUCACUGAGGCUCCCUGGGACAAGUCAGGGUGGAGGUCCCACGCCAGCUGUCAGGCCUAUGACACAGUCAGGGCGUCCUAUCACAGGAUUUGUAAGGCCAAGCACACAAUCAGGUCGUCCUGGCACAAUGGAGCAGGCCAUCAAAACUCCACGCACAGCAAGCACUGCACGUCCCGUCACUAGUGCCUCUGGCAGAUUCAUUCGUUUGGGAACAGCAUCAAUGUUAACCAAUCCAGAUGGCCCGUUUAUAAAUUUGUCGAGACUGAAUCUGGCCAAGUACUCCCAAAAACCCAGUUUGUCCAGGACACUGUUUGAAUAUAUCUUUCAUCAUGAAAAUGAUGUGAAAAAUGCUUUAGAUUUGGCUGCUCAAGCCACUGAGCACGCACAGUUCAAAGACUGGUGGUGGAAGGUUCAGCUGGGAAAAUGUUACUACAGGCUUGGUUUAUACAGAGAAGCAGAAAAACAGUUCCGGUCGGCUCUCAACCAUCAAGAGGUGGUAGACUCGUAUCUAUACCUUGCAAAGGUUUAUCAACGUUUGGAUCAACCAAUAACCUCCCUGAACCUUUUCAAGCAAGGCCUAGACCACUUCCCUGGUGAGGUCACGCUUCUUACAGGAAUCGCCAGAAUUCAUGAGGAGAUGAAUAACAUGUCCUCAGCCACAGAGUAUUACAAAGACGUCCUGAAGCAGGACAACACUCACGUCGAGGCAAUCGCCUGCAUAGGCAGCAAUCACUUCUACAGCGAUCAGCCUGAGAUCGCCCUACGCUUCUACAGACGGCUGCUCCAGAUGGGAGUGUAUAAUUGCCAGUUGUACAACAACCUGGGCCUGUGCUGUUUCUACGCACAGCAGUACGAUAUGACGCUGUCCUCAUUUGAGAGGGCUCUGGCCCUGGUGUCCAGUGAUGAAGAGCAGGCUGAUGUCUGGUACAACAUUGGACAUGUGGCUGUGGGGUUGGGGGAAUUGACACUGGCAUAUCAGUGUUUCAAGCUGACUCUGGGUUUGAAUAACGACCAUGCUGAAGCAUAUAACAACCUGGCUGUGCUAGAGCUACGCAAAGGUCAUAUUGAACAGUCCAAAGCCUUCCUGCAAACUGCUGCUUCACUCUGCCCUCAUAUGUAUGAACCACACUUCAAUCUCUCCAUCCUCUACGAAAAGAUUGGAGACCUUCAGAGCAGCUACAUGGCGGCACAGAAGUCUGAGGAUGCUUUUCCAGAGCAUGUUGACACUCAGCAGCUCCUCAAACAGCUGCGGGAGCACUUUGCAGCUCUGUGA